AUGGGGAAGCACGAAAAGAAGGCGGGCAAAGGCCGUCUUGACAAGUUCUACUGGCUUGCCAAGGAACAAGGGUACCGCUCGCGUGCUGCCUUCAAGCUUGUGCAACUGAACAAAAAAUACAAGUUUCUUGAGAAUGCACGCUGCUGUAUCGAUCUAUGUGCUGCUCCAGGUGGUUGGCUCCAGGUAGCAAGUAAGCAUAUGCCCCCAGGAAGUCUUAUUGUGGGUGUAGAUCUCGUCGCUAUCAAGCCCAUUCCCCGCUGCAUCACCUUCGCCGAAGAUAUCAACUCGUUCAAAUGUCGUGACCAGCUCCGCGAGACCCUCAAAGAUUGGCGUGCCGAUAUUGUACUCCACGACGGUGCCCCUAAUGUCGGUACAGCGUGGGUGCAGGAUGCCUACACACAAUCUGAACUUACCUUGCAGGCCCUCAAGCUCGCCGUGGAGUUCCUGAGUCCCGGCGGCACGUUUGUGACCAAGGUAUUCCGCUCGAAGGACUACAACAACCUCAUGUGGGUAUUCAAUCAGCUCUUCCACCACGUCGAAGCGACUAAACCGCCGUCCUCGCGUAAUGUCUCCGCCGAGAUUUUCGUUGUAUGCCAAAACUUCCGAAACCUCUCGCGUAUCGAUCCCAAAUUCUUAGAUCCCCGCCAUGUUUUCAAGGAACUCGAUUCGGAUCCUGUGCAGGGCACAAGCUCGCACAAUCUCCUUGAAAACGUCGUUAACCCAGAAAAGCAGCGCCGCAAGCGUGAGGGAUACGAAGACGGCAACUAUACCCUGUAUAAAGCCAUUGGCGCCGACAAGUAUAUACGCGCCAUGGACCCGAUUGCCGUACUGGGUACAUACAACCGCAUUACCUUCGAUACAGAAGAAGACAAGGCCCUUCUCAAGCACGCAGCUACAUCGGAGGACGUGGUAGCCAAUUGUGAGGACCUCAAGGUACUUGGCCGUCGCGACUUUUCUGUGCUCAUCAAGUGGCGCAAGGCCGUGCGUGACUCACUAGAGCUAGACCAGCCCAAGGGAAAAGACACAGAAGAUGCACAGACAACUGUGGAAAUGGAACCCUUGAAUGAGGAGGAGGCCAUCGAUGAAGAGCUUUCGCGCCUUAACGAAGAGGCCCAGAAGCGGGCUCGUAAGGAGCGUAGAAAACGUAACGAGGCUCGUGCCAAGGCCCUCCAGAAGCUUCAGCUCAACAUGACGACAGCCAUGGAUAUUGGCGAGGAUUGGCGUGACGAGGCUCUCCAUGGUGAAGAUAUGUUCUCACUGGAUGCUAUCGAAGGGCGACAUGCUCCGCGCCAUGCACGUGCGGCGGAGCUCUUGGAUGCAAAUGAUGCGCUCGAGGACGAAGACAUGGAGGGCGAGGCCCUUAAUGCUGAAGAAGACGAGCAUGAGGACGAGGACGACAGAGAGACUCGUCUGCGUGAACUCGAAUCCAACGUGGAUGCUAUGUAUGAGCAAUACAAGGACCACUUGGAGCGCAAGGAUGCCAAGUUCCGUGCGAAAGAGGCGCGCCGCAACUCAUCCAAGUACGAAGAAUGGGACGGCAUUUCGCAGAAGCAGGAGGAUGAGGACGAAGACAGCGACGAAGGGCCUGUCGCGCGUGGAUACGACGCAAUGAACAAACGCAAAUUUCAUGAAGAGACAUACGACUCCGAUGACGCCGAGGACGACGAUGACGAGCGUGAAGAGUUGGAGUCUACCGCAAACGUCCCGCCGGUCAAGUCACGACAAACCAAGAAGGCUCCCGCGGAGUCGGCCCUUCUUACGAACCUGGAGCCAUCCGGAGCAGCUGCCCAACGCCAGAGCGCAGCCUCGGCGGUGUGGUUCGACAAUCCAAUCUUUAAGGAUAUGGUGCCUCUUGAGGACUUUCUUCCUGAGACGGAGGCUGCGAAGGAUUCGACUCCUCCACUCGAAGCGGAGGACAGUGACGAGGAAGAGAGCUCUGCCCAGGAGGAAGAUGUCGAGACUUACGGUGACGACAUUGAGCUUGUGCCUUCGACCACGAAUGAAGACAUUCCAGACGGUGAAUGGGACGUGCACGAUGAAGAUGUUGACGCUACCAAGCAAGCGCGCAUCAAGCAACAUGGUCUGCACACAGCCGAAGCUGUCUCUCUGGCCCAUGCGCUUGUGAACCGCCAGCUGACCAAGACAGACCUAGUGAACCAAGGGUUUAAUCGUCACAGCUUCAAUGACAAAGCGGGUCUACCUGAAUGGUUCUUGGAGGACGAAAACAAGCACUACCGGACCAACCUCCCUGUGACCAAGGAGGCUGUCGAUGCUCUGCGUGCACGCCAGCGCGCGCUUGAUGCUCGUCCUAUAAAGAAGAUCGCUGAAGCCAAGGCUCGCAAGAAGCAUCGUGCUGCCCUACGCCUUGAAAAAGCGCAAAAGAAGGCUGAGGCGAUCAACGAGAACACCGACCUGUCGGAGAGGGAGAAGGCCGAGAAUAUCAGCAAGAUCUUGGCUCGAAGUGGCAAGAAAACUGAAAAGAAGGCACCCCAGCUCGUUGUUGCCCGUGGCCCCAACCGCGGUAUCAAGGGUCGUCCGAAGGGCACUAAAGGUCGCUAUAAGAUGGUGGAUGCACGUAUGAAGAAAGAGCUCCGCGCGCAAAAGCGCCGUGACAAGCGGGAUGGCAAGAAACGCAGCUCAGGGCAUAAACGCCAGAUCCCUAAGGGCUACUAA